AUGCUUUUUGGACACAAGAACGCGCCUCUGAUUUACUAUUCUGUCUUCAACAAUAACCUAUGGGUAUUUGUGAGAUUGCCUCCGGGAGAAGUCGUUCAAGAUGUUUUGGAUUUCUUAGGGUUGGACCCUUCAGAUAAUCAAGAAUUUGAAAGUGGACGUCCAAAGGAUGGGGUAAAACGCCCCACAGGCGCCAUAACCGGCUUCCAACGGAAUGUCCCCAUGCCCUCGCACAUUAGCCCGGUGCUGGGACGUAGUUCCUACAUUGGUGUUAAUGUCCAUCUAGGUAUCCGAGCGACCCCAAAUGUUGUGAAGGGUGUUAUGAAUCUACCGUUUCUCAAAUCCCAGAAAACUGUACUAUCGAUUCUCGGACGUUUAACCUACUACGACAAGUUUAUCGAAGACUUUCCGGUAGUGGCAGUGGUUCUGUAUGAACUUUCAGAACAUCGGAUACGUCAGGGGCGAGAUCUCUCUCGGGUCACGAGUCUUUUGAAAUACUGGAAGAUUGUUUUGACACCAAUGUUGAGAUAUACGGACAUCCAAAAGCCAUGUGUGAUCAUUCCGCACGCCAACUGA